GAACCCUGAUGCUUAUAAAGCUGCAUGGAAGUUGCUCAAGGAUGCGGAUGGGAUUCUUGUUCCUGGAGGAUUUGGCGAUAGAGGUGUGCAAGGGAAAAUUCUUGCAGCAAAAUAUGCGCGGGAGAACCGAAUCCCUUACCUUGGCAUUUGCCUUGGCAUGCAAAUUGUUGUCAUUGAAUUUGCAAGAUCUGUUCUCAAUAUGCAAGACGCUAAUAGCACCGAGUUCGACACUC